GACGUGUACUUCCGUCUCCCACCCAUCCUUUCCCCUCUCCUCCUCUUAACAAACCAUCCAUUUCUUCUCUUUUCGCUCAGACGACACCGAUCACCACCAUGCUUAGCAACCAAAGCUGCGCAAACUCUGCAAACAAGUCGUCCAAGGAGAUUCAGCCUCGGGAGAAGGAGGAGGAAACCGGUCCGGAGCGGCUAAACCGGCUCCGGUCUGAGAUGGCUGGCAAGGUUUGGAUACCGGAGAUAUGGGGACAGGAAGGUUUGCUCGAGGAGUGGAGCGAUUGUACUGCUUUCGACCGUUCCAUGGCGCCCGACAGGUUGCUUCUUUCUGCGAGGCGGGCUUUGGUCGCCGAGUAUCUGAGGCCGCCCAACUCCGCCGAUCUAAGGAUAGAGAACCGCUGUUCUUGAAUUUUAUUUUUAUUUUGUUUUUAAAUUAUGCUGUUUUAAACACAAUAUUUCGAUAAUUAUUCGACCUGCUCGCUUCUUUACGGAAGUAAGUACUCAUGCGUACUUUCUGUACUUUGUAUUGAUACAUUUACUAUAAAAUUCCCGUAUGGGUUAAUAUAUUAUGAUUUUGCUUA